UGAACUACAUUCUGUCAUGCUUGGUUACAUGAGCAUUUCUGGUCCAUUGAUCACGAGAUAAAACCAAUGUCAAGAGAAGAACCAGUCAUGAUGAUAAGUUGUCGUGAGUCAUGGUCACUGUCUCGGCCCCUAUAGCCUCAAGCUCAAGGACAGGCCCCACCACCCCUGCCCCUGAUGGACCCAAACCCCGGGCCACUCCACCUGCCUCUGCUCCCCCACCCCAAGCCUUCCUCCUCUCCUCUCUGCUUCAAAAAAAUAAUUACCUGCCCCCGACCCUCCCACUCCACCUCCCUCCUCUCCCUGCCUCCUUGCCUCUCCAGUCUCUGCCCCUAUAAACUAAUCUCCCUCUCUCCACUCCACGAUGCUCGGCGCCUCCAGACGUCUUGUUACUUCCGCCGGAAGUAGCCCAGGAUUACUGCUGAGAAUGGCGUCAGGAAUGGCUGGCCAGCGCUAUGACCUGGUGGUGUUUGGGGCCACCGGCUACACGGGACAGUUUGUGGUGGAGGAGGUGGCUCGGGUUGCCCAGCAGGAAAAGUCACAAGGCAAAGUGCCCCUCUCUUGGGCCAUAGCCGGCCGCUCCAAGAGUAAGCUACAAGAUGUUCUUACUACGGCCAAGGAGGAGACAGGUCUUAACCUUGAGGAUGUUGGAGUGAUCCAGGCCAAUGUAGCAGACCAAAAAUCUCUCAAUGAAAUGGCUGCCAAGUCCAAUGUUGUCAUCAACUGUGUCGGCCCGUACCAGCUGUACGGCGAGCCGGUGGUGCAGGCCUGCCUGGAGCAUGGCGCCAACCACGUGGACAUAACUGGGGAGCCACAGUUCAUGGAAGGCAUGCAGCUCAAGUACAACAAGGCGGCAGAGCAGGCCGGGGUGCACAUUAUUAGCGCCUGCGGCUAUGACUCCAUCCCGGCAGACAUGGGCAUCAGGUACAUGAUGCGCAACUUCAAGGGGCAACUGAACUAUGUCGAGAUGUUUGUCCAUGCAUCAGGAGGGGGUACAAAAGCAGCAAUACACACAGGCACCAUGGAGUCGGCUGCUCUGGUGGUUGCCAAUCAGGCCAAAAUUGCAUCUAUCCGGAGGGAGCUCUUCCCCAAGCCUCUGCCCAAGCCAAAGUACAAGGUAUCAAAAAAAAGGGUCAUCCACAAGAAUGACCAGCUAGGGUACUGGGGCGUGUCCUUCCCUAGUGAUGAGCCUGUCGUCUACCGCACACAGAGGUACCGCCAUGAUGUGCUGGGCCAGCGGCCAAUCCAAUUCCAGCAGUUCAUCAGGAUGCCAUCAGUGUUCCACAGCAUCAUGCUUCUCAUGGGCAUGGCAUAUUUUGGCCUGCUAAGCAUGUUCUCUUGGACAAGGAAUUUACUUUUUAAGUAUCCAGACAUCCUCACGGCUGGUGUGUUCAAGCGUGCUGGGGCCAAGCGCGAGCAACUCAAGAAGAUGACCUUUACCGUCACGCAAGUUGGCCAUGGCUGGUCAGAGGCACUACUUGAAGGCACAGACGAAUAUUCAAACCCUCCUGAUUCUUCUAUUAUUAUCAAGGUGAAAGGCCCUGACCCGGGCUAUGCCGCCACCUCCCUCAUGAUGGUGUCCUCCGCCAUGACCAUCCUCAGGGAGAAGGACGCCUGCACUGGGAAGGGUGGAGUGAUGACGCCGGGUGUCGCCUUCGCUAACACCGGCAUCAUUGAACGUAUGUGUGAGCGAGGCAUGAGCUUCACCGUGGAGCAGCCGCAGCAGCCGCUCUGAGUGUGCCCGCUACAGUCCACCAGGAGCCACAAAGACAGAGCUAAGGAGAGUACGAGAUGGCAGUCUGUCUACACAUGAUGGCUCCUGGGAAAUUGUUAUCCACCAUCUGCCUCCCCACCACCAGCUGCAGACAGGAUACACACACACACACAAGAAUGCCACACGAGGGCAAUCACCCAGCCUACACAUGGCAGGUGCAGGGAACAUGUUAUCCACACUCCACUUUUUUUUUAUCGCCAUUUGCCCCCAAACCAUAAAUUUAUAUAACCUGCAUUUAAACAUUUCAAUUGUAUAUGCAUUAAACACACAGCUGCUUCAGGUCAUCAAUGUUUGCUUCUUGGUUAAUGCCCUCACCCAUGAUAUAGUAUUUAGUUUGUGUUAUCUUCAUGAAAUAGUCUUUAUUGUGCUUUAUAUAUAAGCUCGAAUUGUUGAACUUUUGAGAGAGAGAGAGAGAGAUUUAUGUUGGGAUGUAUUUCUUUGUAUAAAAUUUGCAAUAAAAAAAAGUACAAAUAAAAAGCCUUAUUGGUGAUUCUAAUGCAAAUGAUUUUGAAAGAUUUCCUGCUGGUCAUUUAAAACCUUCCUCCUUAUGCUAUGGACUGCUAUUAUUGUUAUUAUUAUCAUUAUUAUUAUUUUUUAUUAUUAUUAUUGUUGUUAUUGCUAUAAUAUUUUUUCAUAGGGACAAUUCAGAUGCUGUAAAACAUAUUAUAAUAACUGACUUUGGUAAUUAAAUGUGUUAAUGGUU